CUCCGCCCGCCUCGGUGCCAGCCGGGCGCACAGGCGGCGGGCGCGCGGCUCCGGCGCCCUCUCCUCCGGCCGCCGGGCUCCGCGGAGUAGCGGGGACCCGGGGGCGGCUGCAAGGACUUCCCUCCCGCUCCCUCCCCCUCUCCGCCCCCGCCUGCCAGCCCCGGCUCCGAGAUCUCGCCGAAGACAAUUGCAGUAAAUGAGGACAUCGGAGGAGCAGGGCGCCGGGUGGCUGUGGCUGGCUCCGCCGCGCCGCCAGCGAGCGAACGCGCGGGCGUCCCCGGAGCCGGCCGAGCCGCUGCCUCCCCGCGCGCGUCGCUGAGCCGGGCCGGACGCGAGCUGCGGCGCGGGGGCCGGCCGGGCCGGGCGGGCCGGGCCGGCGGCGGUGGAGGGGGCGGGCGGCGGGCGCGCAGCCGGCCAAGUCCCCGGAGCCGAGCCUCCCUCCGCGCGAGCCCGGCGAGCCUCGCCGCGGAUGCCCUGCCCGGAGUGCUCCGCGCCGCGCCAGGCUCGCCCGGGUCCGCGGCGAGACAUGCCCGAGCCAGGCGCCGCACCGACCUCGACUUAUCUGUAAGCAGCGGAAGUUUGAUGGUUGGGUCCAAGAUGCAGAAUAUCUUUCCAAACCAGUGGACGGAUGUAAGAAAAUUAUUUCGGUGCAGUUCCUGGCAAAUCGCGAUGAUGAAUAGCAUGGAAUCAUGGUCAGUAAGGAAACCGGCAAAUGCGUACUCACGACGUCAGAGAGCGAAGUCGAACCUGCCGCCUGCCUGGCCCUGGAGAUGAGAUACGCCCUGGAUCCCAACCGGCAGAUUAAAAAGCGGAAUAAAGCCCUGCAGGUGCGCUUUAAGGAUAUCUGCGAGGCACAGAAUGAGCAGAGGGACUCACGGCUCGCGGCGGGACAGCCCGGCGAGAAGCGGGAGGCGAAGCCCGUGUCCUACAGAGCAGCCUACCGCAAAUACAUGACCGUGCCCGCGCGGAGGGCCAUCCCCAAUGUCACCAAGAGCACAGGCGUGCAGACCUCGCCGGACCUGAAGAAGUGUUACCAGACCUUCCCCCUGGACCGCAAAAAGGGGAAUCUCAAAAGCAUCCCGGCUGCGGAUGCCUUUAAAAGUCAAAACAACGGGUUUGUGGCGGAGAAGCAGGAGGAAAGGGCGGGGGAGGAGGCCCGGCCCUGGGGUGCCGGCCGGGUGCACAAGACGGCGGCCUCGGUUUUCCAUUCCGAUGAACACGUGAAUGAGCUGGACCAGCCUGCCGGGCUCAACUGCGCAGAGCCAGGCGAAAACCCUGAUGCGCACGGCUGCCGAGAGGAGCCUCUCCAAAACUCCGCUCGGCCUUCCUCCCGGGAGCCCGACCACCAGCUGCACGGCAGAGCGAAGCACGGCAGGGCGACCCCGGACACGGAGGAAGCCGCUCUGCCGGCCCACGGGACGGUGUUCAAAACGGAGGUGGCCGCCGUUUAUGCACCUGCCCCCAGCGCGAAGGCCCUCGAGGCCGCCUUGUCAAACUCUGCCACCGCGAGCGAGUGGCCCCUGUGCCCGGCGGCCGACCAGGAGCGGGGGAGAGCCUCGCGUCUCAACGGGCUCCAGGGACCCGCGGCGGCCCGCUCGCCCCCGAUGCAGUGCCUGUCCCCCGAACGCAGCGGGCGGCCCACGCAGACCCGGGCCCCGCCGGGGGAGGACGGCCAGCCUUGUGCCGCGGCGGCCUCUGCGGGUGGAGAAUCCCGACAAAUCGUGCCUCACACGGAAGUCGUCGAUCUGAAAGCACAGCUCCAGGUGAUGGAGGACCUGAUCAGCUCAAGCCAGGAAACCAUCAAAGUGCUCUUGGGGGUCAUUCAGGAGCUGGAGAAAGGAGAGGCCCACCGGGAAGGGCUUUCAUAUCGGACUGGGCAAGACACAGCUAAUUGUGAGACAUGCAGGAACAGUGCAUGUGUUAUCUAUAGUGUGGAGCUGGACUUUAAGCAGCAAGAAGACAAGCUCCAGCCAGUUCUGAGGAAACUCCAUCCUUUUGAGGAAACUCAGGUUGUACCUUCGCCUUACUCUCAGGAGCCCUACUCCGCAACUCCCAAGCAAAAAUCCAAACCCGAAUCUAAAAAGCAUGGAAGAUGGAAACUCUGGUUUCUUUAAAACUCAUGGUGUUUGGAGUCUAAAGGCCGUCUUGAAAACCCACUGGAGUUAAGUAAAUCCUUUUCCAAAACGAAUAGGAUGGAGUGAGCCUUGGCUGGCUCAGCGCUUCCCACUUCCCACCCUGCUUACCAAAAAGGCCUUUUGUACGAACAGAUAAUUAACAGAAGCAAGGUUGUACACGUCACACCUUGCCAGCUGUCGUCCGCAAUUCGUGGAUGUGGGAGGUAAGCUCUGAAAUGAAGUUUAUGUAGUCAGAGGGGAUAGGUAAAAAAAUUCUGUGCCCCCCCCCCAGAUCGGCAAGUAUUACGUCAUCAGCCUGCGAGACGAUGGGCUAUCACUCUGUACACAGCUAAAACUCAUAAUUAUUUUCAAGCCUUUCUUUCUUUUCUUCUUCUUCUUUUUUUUUUUUUUUUUUUGAUACUGAGAAGAAAAAGCAAGCCUUAUGUUUGCAAAGGACUUCAUUUUUAUGUUUAAUUUUGCAAAUAAGCAGGGGGCGAGUGCAAUUUUCAGCACAUCAAAUUCCGGAGAAAGCACAAUUUUUUCAAGUGGUCGGAGACCAUAAAUAAUCUCUCAAAUGUGACUAUAUGUAUAUUUGCCUUCAUGUGCUGUAGCGCUAAGCCAAGUGACCACAUCUCAGUGUCAGGUUGACACCUCAAACUUAGCAUUCUGUUCAUCUCCAGACCUGCCACAUGUUUACUGCUCAUUUUCCAAACGGCCAGCAGCCAGGAGUCCCCCAAAGUCAGGACAUGCCUUUAAUCACUGCAGUUGACAGGGUCAGAGCUAUGGGACACUAAGCUUUCUUAGAUCUCAUUUUUAAUCUUUGGGUACCCAAAGGCCAAACGAUAAAUUCUGGCAAGAAUCUGAAAACACACAUAGAGAUACACGAUGGAUAGUACAGUCACCAAUAAAUCACGGGUGUUCUCUGCCACCGGAAAGCGUUUCUGUGGAUCAAUCUCUGAGACACCGUUCGUCACCCAAAGCGCAGCCAGACGUUUUAUACAAUCCGUUACGCUCUGUAACAAGUGUGGAAGACCUGACCAUCUCAAAGAGAAACCGCGUGUUUAGUUUAGCUGCUGCCAACCGACAAACUUAGCGUCGCCUGCAUCGAACCUAUUAGUCAGUUGUACUAAAUGACAUACCUAGGGGAAAGCUGUGAAUCAAAUGUUUUUAGGUAUUUUUUAAAUAAACAGUGACACUGAGAGUCCUCUUUUGAUUACACAUUGCAAUAUAAAUCUUAGUUCCUUUAUUUUUUCACUCAUUAUUUUGCACCUUUGCAAGUAUCUUUUUUAUAGAAAUCAAAAGCCCCUGGUCUAGGAAUGACUGGUCUGUCAAUUUUCUGCUUUUCACAAGAGGAAGUAGGGAUCUUAUUUUGCCUUUUUCUGUACAACGGAACUUUCGAAUAGUGGUGUGAACGUACAAGAAAACCUAGUCUUCAAGUUUCUGUCCAGAAGUUUCCCAUCCGAUCUAAUGCUGGCAUGCACACCUCAUUGAUUAGAUGCCAAAAACAAAGUGGCGACCCUUGGUAAGAGGAUCUCUACCUACAUUUCUCACGGGAGCUAUUUCUUGCUGUGCAUUUUCCUCCUGAUUCAACAGCAAAUUUAUUUUAGUUCUAAGUGUUUCGAUUCUACAGGGACCUAGUGAUCAGCAAUCAGACCUGGACCGGAUAACAAUGAAGCGUGUGUCACGUAAGCAUUCUUUGGGAUUGCUCACACUAUGCUGCGGAGGUAGCCUUUAAAAAAAACACACGCAUCUCCCGUGGAAACAUUAUGUGAGGGUGGAAAUCCUUGAAUGCCAGUAAACAGAAUUGAGAAAUAUUUUUGGGCAAGGAAAUGGACAGGCACAUUGAUCCCGUACCAUGAAGGAAGCAUAAUUGUUUCAUGUAGACAAAAACUAAAAAAAAAGAAAAAUGUGUUUCAUGUAUUUUAUACUGUUUUUAACUAAAGUUAUAAAAAUGUUUGCAACAAGUUAUACCCCCUUGUGUUUUACAAAUCCCGACUAUCUCGGGGAACUGAAAUAAGGGUGUUAGUGGCUUUCUGACGAGUGUUAUAAAUCCAUCUCAACAAGAGGGCAUCCUAGUAAACAGAAUGGCAUCACUGUUUGAAAGCAGUCUAGACCAAAAAAGAAAAAAAAAAUUAAAAUGUUCAGAGUCAAGAAGGAAAUUGAAGAUAAACCCUAUUUAAAAAUAAAACUAUCUUCAGAAGAGAAAGAAAUAUUUUCAAAAUCAUUUCAUAGUUUAAUUGCAAUGUGUCACUACCAGAUGCUGAUUCUUCUCUUAGAAAGAGUUAAGUAAAAACUUUGAUACAAAACCAAGGUAAAAAGUACAGUGUUCCCUCAUAUGUAGAUGUACACACGGCAUUACGUAUAGAGAUUAAAUUAUUAUACUUGUCACUAAGUUCUUUAUUAAUUUUUAAAUAAAAAAAAUCAAAGGUAA